GGAGGCCGCAGCUGGAGGCCAUAGCCACAGCACAGAGCCCAGGAUGGACCCACAGCUGGGGCCUGAGGCGGCUGCUCUCCAUCCAGGUUGGCAAGUUCUGCUGCUGUUGGUGGUGUCAGUCGUGAGCUGUUUUUCCUCGCCAGCAUCUCCCCCUCCUUCUCUGGUAUCCCGAGUCAGAACCAGCUACAAUUUGGGAAGGACUUUCCUCGGUCUUGAUAAAUGCAAUGCCUGCAUCGGGACAUCUAUUUGCAAGAAGUUCUUUAAAGAAGAAAUAAGGUUUGACAACUCGCUGGCUUCUGACCUUGAACUGGCCUCUGACUACCUGCCUUCUUACUCUGCAAAUUACUCAGAUGAUUCCAAAACCUGGCGGCCUGUGGAGAUCUUCAGGCUAGUGAGCAAAGAGCAAAAUGAGAUCUCAGACAGGAGAAUCUGUGCCUUUGCAUCGGCCCCAAAGACCUGCAGCAUUGAGCGCAUCCUGCGGAAAACAGGAAGAUUCCAGAAAUGGCUGCAGGCCAAACGCCUCACACCGGACCUGGUACAGAGCACCCAGAACCUAAAGAGAAGUUCUGCCCAAGCAAAGGAUUUCACUGGAAGCAGCCAAGCAGCCCCCAAGGCAGGAGAGAAUCAAGACAUUUUUAGCUGCCUGGUUUCUGGUUGCCAGGCCCAGCUACUGCCCUCUUGCGACAACAUCCCUGACAAGCAGAGUGUGGUGCUUGUAUGCCAGCAAUUGUUGCCUCAACUUCUCCAGGGGAAAUUUCCCUCUCCGGUACAAGUGGAGAUAGACUCUGCUCUUGCCCAGUGUGGACAGGGCAUCCGCCCAGACUCAGAAGUCUUUGGGGCUGCCAGUCGACUGAAGGACAUCUUGAGACCACUUAGAACCUGUGACCCUAGAUUUGCCUACCGCUACCCAGACUGCAAGUAUAAUGACAGGUUCUGAGGGGGUGGAGCCUCGCUGACCUGAGGGGACAAUAUGAUUGGUGCUCUGUUUCCCCAGUUGAGUGGUCUGCCAGACAAAAUGAAGUGGCUCCAUUUGAAACACUAAAGAACUGAUGAACACUAACUAGGGAAAGAAGUUGUGUAACACUGAGCACUGAGCAAUCACACUCCCCCCCCCCACACACACACAUACAUGCACUGGCAAGACAUCAUGGCAGAGCCCAGGGGCUGGCUUCAGAAGAUCCUGGAGUGGCUACUCACUGUCUGUCUUUGAGCCUUAAUUUCCUCUGUUUUCUACUGGACUCUCAUGAGGCUGACAGAAUAGAGAGUUGUGAAGGGCCUAGGACACAUGCUCACAACCUGCAGUUUAGCUGGUUACAAAGUAUUUUUGAAAAGCAUGCACAGGAAUGGUGAAUGAGAAAGGCAUGCAAAUCAGGAGGGUGAUAUGGAGGGAAUACAGGGUGAAGAUGAGGAUCUGGAGGACUAAACAGAUUUACAUUUCCAACAAGGAGGCCUACUUUCUGCUCCUGCUCACCCUGCCACAUUACCCCACCAUCAUGGGGUGAGGGGAUUGAAGACCCAGCGCAUAUGCCCACCAAGGCCUCUUCCAGAGCCAUGCUUCUGGGUAGGACUCCAGAAGCAUCUCGCAGCAUAGGAAGGAGAAGUGGGUAAGAGGAGACAGUGGCCAAUGUCUUAGUCCAGGUCACAUAAGAGGCAGGUUAAUACCUGCCUGGGUGCUGGUGCCUCCAACCUGUAAUCCCAGCUGCUCAGGAAGCUGAGA